GGCGCGUUGCUCUGGUAUGUCGCCGUAACGGAAAGACCAAGCGGUCGCUAUUAAUCGCUCCGCACGCGACACCCGAGCUCGAGAGGACCUGACGCUAUGGCAGACGCUUUAAUGUUUAUUCGACUUCCGUAUCUAUCUGCCGUCCCCGUAACGGUUUAAAACGGGCGGCAUGAUGUGACCCAGCCCAGUUCCAUUCGCCGACGCACGCGAGCGCUCAUGAAAACAGUCGCUCGCCGGGCGUACAUCGCCACCCCAGCAAAUCACGCACCGCCCUCGGGUUUGAGCGAUGGAUUAUCAAGCGCCUUCCUCGCAGAGGAGGAGAUGCAGACGACCGCUACUUCUGGGAGCCUGUGUCCUGAUCUUACUGAUUGUCGUGUGUGUUUGUCUGGGCGUCGCUUUCGGUCGCAGGGCUGCUGGUCCUUCGAAUGACCGCAUCACCGGGAACUUUACAACAGCGAUAAUCUCUAAAUGCAAACAAUUUUUGGGGGACGAAAACUCAAGUGAGAAUAAAUGUGAGGAGGUGUGGGAUGCUUUCUCAAAGGCCUACGUGGGGAAGGACCCCUGUGAGGUUCCCAUGGAGGCCUACGACCCCCUCAUGCAGACCGUCAGAGAGAAAGACGCCUGUAACAGAAUGUUGUUCUGGAGCAAGACAAAGGACAUCGUCCACCAGUUCACAGAGGCCAAGAAAUGUCUGCUGACCCUGGAGGACACACUGCUGGGCUUCGUCAUGGACGGCCAGACCUGGUGCAGCGAGAAGGGCAGCAAAGAAACCUUCACCACAGGCUGUCCCAGCUGGGAUAAGUGUGAGAGGAAUCCGGUCCGGUCCUUCUGGAACCGAGCCUCAGAAGCAUUUGCCCAGGCAGCUUGUGGUGAAGUCACUGCGAUGCUGAAUGGGUCAAUAAGCACACCUUUCAAUAACAACAGCAUAUUCGCCAGCAUUGAAGUCAAGAAGUUUAGCGGUCCCAAAAUGAGGGCCUUGAACGUCGUCUUGGUCAAGACAGGAAAUGACACGGCAACGUGUGAAAAUGAUUCUCUGCAAACUCUGCAACGUGUCCUGAACCCCAGCCUGAAGUACACCUGCAAAGAGGUGCAAAGGUCCAAAAUCUUGGAUUGCAUCUCAGAUCCCGACAGGCCCUGUGGUGACUGCUGGUGACGCAAUGAGGGAUGUGAGAGGCGGGGCCCCCCACCAGCUUGUCCAAUCAGGAUGUCUGAUUCAGAAAAGGGCCGUUGGGGGGGCGUUGGCAUCCUUGGUGGUGGUCAGUGAGGCAGUGUUGCACACACACACACACACACACACACACAUUGGUGGUGGUCAGUGAGGCAGUGUUGCACACACACACACACACACUCACACACACACACACACACACACACACACACACACACACACACACAUUGGUGGUGGUCAGUGAGGCGGUGUUGUGAGGCUGUGGAACAGAGCCCAGCUUGUGUUUGGUGAUGGGUGGGGGUUUGGGUGUACGCAGAUUAACUAAUAGAGUAAUAAGUUACUAGAAAUAAUUUCGAAUGAAAAGAUCUGUGACCAAAAGGACAAGGGUUACCGAUGCAAGGACAAGUUGAUGUAUGUUGAAUCAGGCUUUGUUUUUUAAAGAACAAAUUUAAAAAAACUAUGAAUCUCAUUUUUUAUAUGCUGUUGAACACUGCUCUCCACCCUGAGCUCACUUGAUCGCACACGCACGCACGCACGCACGCACGCACGCACGCACGCACGCACGCACGCACGCACACACAUUACAUUACAUUAAUGACAUUUACCACACGCUCUUAUCUAGAGUGACUAAGCAGGAGACAAUCCUCCUCUGGAGCAAUGCAGGGUUAAGGGCCCUGCUCAAGGGCCCAACGGCUGUGCGGAUCUUAUUGUGGCUACCCUAGGGAUUGAAUCACCAACCUUGUGGGUCCCAGUCAUUUACCUUAACCGCUACGCACACGCACACGCACACACACACACACUCUGCUCUCCACCCUGAGCUUGCUCUGGAUCUUGGGGAAUCCUGCAUCUCUGGGUUUCCUGGGAUGGUACAGUAGCUUGUCAGGGCGGCCUGUAGCGUAGUGGUUAAGGUAAAUGACCCUGUAGCAUAGUGGUUAAGGUAAAUGACCCUGUAGCGUAGCGGUUACGGUAAAUGACCCUGUAGCGUAGUGGUUAAGGUACAUGACCCUGUAGCGCAGUGGUUAAGGUAAAUUACCCUGUAGCGUAGUGGUUAAGGUACAUGACCCUGUAGCGUAGUGGUUAAGGUACAUGACCCUGUAGCGUAGUGGUUAAGGUAAAUGACCCUGUAGCGUAGUGGUUAAGGUAAAUGACCCUGUAGCGUAGUGGUUAAGGUAAAUGCCCCUGUAGCAUAGUGGUUAAGGUAAAUGACCCAGUAGCGUAGUGGUUAAGGUACAUGACCCUGUAGCGUAGUGGUUAAGGUAAAUGGCCCUGUAGCAUAGUGGUUAAGGUAAAUGACCCUGUAGCAUAGUGGUUAAGGUACAUGACCCUGUAGCGUAGUGGUUAAGGUAAAUGGCCCUGUAGCAUAGUGGUUAAGGUAAAUGACCCUGUAGCGUAGUGGUUAAGGUAAAUGGCCCUGUAGCAUAGUGGUUAAGGUAAAUGACCCUGUAGCGUAGUGGUUAAGGUAAAUGACUGAGACCCACAAGGUCUGCCAAAUGCCAAUAAUGUAGUGUAGUUCCAACAGGUGUCCCCCAAGGCUCUGUACUGUGCCCAUCCACUUCCUGGAAAACUAGAUUUUUCUGAGAUUUGACGUCAUCAAGUACCAGUGGGCAUGUAUUUAGAUCAAAUGUCUGUCAAUUUUCCGGUCUCCUCAGAUCAAUAUCCUUUCACUGUCAGGCACAGGCAGAAGGUCGAAAACAAAGAGGCAGUCCAUUACCAGAAGGGUAAUCCAAAAGGCCGAGGUUGAUAACCAAAUGGGUCAAAACACGGGCGAUCAGACAGGAAUAAAUGCUGGAAAGAAUGUGUGUGAACACAUUACAAUCUGGGGACAAGUGACACAGAUAACGAGAGGGAGAAUAACCAGGUGUGGGACACAGUCAGUAAUAAUCAGGUGUGGGACACAGUCAGUAAUAAUCAGGUGUGGGACACAGUCAGUAAUAAUCAGGUGUGGGACACAGUCAGGAAAUGGGAGACAGGGAAUGAAUCAACCGAUAGACGGACUACGGAGAGCAGGAAGGGUAUAAAUACACGAAAGCGCAGACAACAUUGAGAAAAAACAGAUGAGGCAAACACAGAACCCGACGUUCACACAGCAGAACAUAUUCUACCCCCAGAGCCGCAGGCUACGGCUCUGCUUCCCUCCUCAUUUAAUGGCAGGUAAAUCAACGUUCCAAAAAGUGGGAUUGGCAAUUUAUCUGGAUCUAUAAAAAUAUUUUUUUAUACAUAUUCAAAAUGUUGAAAAUCCUGAAUUUGCCUUUCGAGUUGGAUGGUUGCCAGUUCGAUCACACCUGGGUGUGUUGAAGUGUCCCUGACCACAAAUCCUCCUGACAAGCUGGUUGGUGCUUUGCAUGGCAGCCGAUCGCUGUUAGUAUGUGUAUGAAUGGGUGAAUGAGAAGCAUGAGUUGUACAGCGCUUUGGAUAAAGGCGCUGUUUUAUGACUGUGUGCAUUACAAUGGCAGGCCAGUUGAUGCUCUGAAAGUUACUGUGGUAUCGCGACAACACGGACUCAGACUCGUGAAGAAUACACAGACUCAAGUCAUGAACCUGUAAGUUUAUAUUAAUAAAGAUUCUGGAGCUCAGUGAUAGCAGCUUCAGAACUGCAUAACCGAACUGCAAGCAAACGUAGCGUUGGCCCCCGGCUUCUGCUUCUUGUGAAUAUUCUAGAUAAUUGUAAAGAAAACUGUUAACUGGUAUUGCCCCCUGGUGGAUACGUAAGGUACGGUUUGCUACACAAGUCAGUUUUGUACUUUUCUUUCACUGGUUAUAUUACCUAAGGUUACUACACUAACCUGAUCAACUGUACUAUUAAACAUAGCCGUGAGUUCUAAGUGUCUCUGUAAUGUGUGACUCUGAGCCAUCUCUACCUUCCCUCCAGUUGUUUACUUUGUUUACAUCUGUAUAAAAUGGAGCUGAGAUCUUCUGUUGGACGCACCUACUUGGCUGCCUCACGACAUACAACAUGGUGUUUCAGGUCUCAGGCCUAUAUAUUCAUGAUUUUAUGUCUUCCUGUCUAAUGAGUGUGUGGCAGGUUAAUUACAGUCUCACAGUCUUACAGUCUCACAGUCUUACCGUCUUAGAGUCUUACAGUCUCACAGUCUUACCGUCUUACCGUCUUAGAGUCUUACCAUCUUACCAUCUUAGAGUCUUACAGUCUUACUCUGAGAUCAGUUUGCACCACUUGUGUCUUGGUCUCUUCUGCUGCCCAUCAGAGGGGGCCCUGGGUAGUUGUUGUUUCCCUGGGUGCGUCCCAAUACCUGGAAAAAGCAGCCUCCUUUUCUCCACUGGUCUCCUCCACUCCUCUCCUCCCCCCUUAGGAGGAGACCAGUGGAGGAGAGGAGCAAAUUUUUAUGAGGAGUAUUGGGAAGCAGCCCCGUUUCUUGUGUCAUUUUUGCCUGUGUUGCCUCGUUUUGCCAAUAGUGUAUUAGCCUGGGCAUUGGCUCAGGCAGUAAGAGCAGUCGUCUCAUUGGCUCAGGCAGUAAGAGCAGUCGUCUCAUUGGCUCAGGCAGUAAGAGCAGUCGUCUCAUUGGCUCAGGCAGUAAGAGCAGUCGUCUCAUUGGCUCAGGCAGUAAGAGCAGUCAUCUGGCAGUCGGAGGGUUUGAUCCCGCCCUGACCUAACCCCCAAAUGCUCCUGACGAGCUGGUCGGCGCCUUGCAUGGCAGCCAGUCGCCAUUGGUGUGUGAGGGUGUGUAUGAAUGGCUGAGUGAGAAGUAUCAAUUGUACAGCGCUUUGGAUAAAGGCGCUAUAUACAUGCCAGAUGGGUGUCGUGCUCAUCGCUGCCUUCUUUACUGGGCAGUGUCAUGGCAACCACUUGCUCCACUCUGAGGGGGAAGCAGCACAGCAUUCUAUUCAUAUCCAGGGCCCUCCUGGCAAAACUCCAAAUAAUAAUAAAGGCAAAUAAGCAGGAAAAUUCUUGACUGGCCAAGACAUUCACCUGAUCUGAAUCCAACUGAACAAACAUUUCAUAUGCUGAAGAGAAAACCUUAAGCAAAUAGUCCCUGAAACAAGCAGGAGCUGAAUAUGGCUGCAGUACAGGCCUGGCAGAGCAUCUCCACAGAAGACUCUCAGCACCCGAUGAUGUCUGUGGGUGAGGGGGCUGGGUAUUAAAAGUGCUGCCAUUCCUACAUGCUGAAACUAAAAUGCUUACAAAAUACCCUUUAAUAAAAACAGAGAAUCUGCACUUUCACCACGUGUAAGAAUUGUGGAGACAUGGUCCCACACCUUAUGGAGCUUGCUUGUAUGUCCUGUGUGUAGACUGUACAUGGUCCCAUACCUUAUGGAGCUUGCUUGUAUGUCCUGUGUGUAGACUGUACAUGGUCCCACACCUUAUGGAGCUUGCUUGUAUGUCCUGUGUGUAGACUGUACAUGGUCCCAUACCUUAUGGAGCUUGCUUGUAUGUCCUGUGUGUAGACUGUAUAUUCUCCUGCGAUUCCUUCACCACUGUCCUGCCUGCCAAUCCUUAACUCCUGAGCUGAGUGGUGACUCGACCCAGGUGUGUGCCCAGGUGCGUGUCCAGGUGAGGAACAGGCGGUCCCUCUUUAUACCUGUUGCUUCGCUUAACACAUGACAUAAUUUUAAGCUGUCUCAGCAUUUAUCAGUCUUACAAUGUCCAAGGUACAAUGUUAGGAUUUCUGAAGAUUUUCACUGUCAAGGGGUAUGUGUGCAUCACAUUGAUUGCUGAUCAGGGGGCUGGGUUGCUGAGAACACAUUAAAUAAACAGGGCUUGAUGUCAUACCUUAUCUUUUCUGCUUUGUAAGGUGUAUCUUUUCUCAUAAAGAUGUUAUUCCCC